CAUUUGGCGAGUCAAUAUGGCGUUCCCAUCACAGAUGAGAUGAGUGUCCACAGCUUUUCGCGGCUAUUUUAGCGACCUUUGCACGCCACUCUACGAGGUCUAGUGUCGCACUUUCAUGUCUGAAAUCGGCAUCGAAUUCUUUUCGCGUGCAAAUUAAAUGGUUCGCUUGGCUUCGGAUUUGGACUCCGAUCUCCGAUUUUUUAGUGCGUGAGCAUUGCGAUAGGUAUUUGGGCAGUAUUGUAUAAAUAUUUCUACUGUGUGCGAGAUUAUCUUAUUACGUAAUCGUUAUUUGAAAUCCAGUUAUCCGAAUGAAGCAGAUAAAAUUGUGUUCGCUUUCUUCCGCUGACGUUUUGUUUGUAUAAGAAAGUGUUGCUUAAAUCGCGUGAGAAAGUGUGUACGGUUGCUCUUGUUAGCUCGCACAAUUCAUGUGACGGUAUUUAUUCCAUGGAAAGCAAUUUUCUCAUCUUGUACCACAGCAUGGACAUUUUAUGAUCUAAUACGCGGUAUGGAACUGUGAGUACGCAGAUGGCUAGUGCUCUUUAGAAGGCCAAUCGAGUAAAAAGGAUUAGAAAUUGGUGCACGAAUGACAGCAGAAAUAUAAGAUGUUCGAGUCUCCAAGAAGUCUCCAGGAGGUUUGCAUUGACUUUAUCUGUGGCAAUGUUCUAGGCCUAUGUGAGGUUCAUCUUGGCGAUACAAAUGUACAUUCUCCCACUGCUCCCAGUAGCAAUACCGUUCCUGGUAGAACAUCAUCUAACGAUGCUCCCUCCAGCUCUGCAACUCGACUUACCUUUAGGCAUCCAGAUGCCUUUUUGCCAGCUGAAGUAUCAGAGCAAUUAUUAUCCAAUUUAUGUGAGAAAAAAACAUUAUCAGAUUUAACAAUUACACUUUUUGACGCAAAAACCACCAGAUUAAGACAUGUACGGUUGAAAGAUGCAUCAACACUAUCAGCUAAAGGCUUAAGUGUUCUUAAGCAACACAAAGUUGUAGAUUUAAUAGUAAAUGGACUUAAAAUAACUGUUAAUGAUUUAAUUAGCUGUUUAGGUGAUUGGAGUAUACAAAACCUUAGAUCGCUAAGUGUAGCUAAAGGAAGCUUUAUGGAUUUUUCAAGACAACGCAUGGUAGACAUUGCGACAUUAAACAAAUUGAAGGCACUUCAUACCUUGAAUGUCUCAGGAACAGAAUUCAAUAAACAUGGUUUGGACAUAGUAGUCGAAGAUCUUCCCCUUUUAGAGAGUUUAGAUAUAUCUUGUACAAGAGUUGAUGAUAUAACACCAUUAAAGAAGUGUAAAGAUCGUUUAAGGACAUUAAAUAUGUAUAAUUUAAAGAUAAGUGGGUGCGGAAGUUUAAUACCAGUGUUACUGGAAUUAAACGAAUUAAGGCAUUUAGACAUUUCCCAUGAAAAAGAUCCAUAUGGAUUUGAAAUGUUUGCACCCGCUAGGCCAAAAAUAACAGAUUUUCUAAGAGCUUUGAAUUGUAUGCCUUAUUUGACAACUUUAGACUUGUCUGGUAAGGAUGAUAUAAAUCCGAAAGAUUUAAAAAAUUUUAUUGCAUCGCAUGUACACUUGAGGUUUCUGGGAUUGGUGCAUUCUGAUGCUUGUUAUGAUGAAAGUUUCAUAGAUUCAACACAUAAAGAUUUUAGACCUGAACUUAUUAUCAGUGGUACGGCAACAGAAUCUCAAAUUUUGGAAGCCCUUAGAAGAUACACAUUCAGACCAAUAUAUCUUCAAAAGUGUCUGUUUAACUUAUUCCGUUUGACACCAAACUUUCUCGAACCACGAGUUGAUGUGAUAAAAUUAGUGUUACCUGGAAUGAGAGAGCAUCCACAGGAGUUUCGCGUACAAAUGGCAGCUACUGCUUGUAUUUAUAAUCUGACAAAAGGUGAAUUGGCUCUUAUGAUUCAUCCGUCAAUACUUAAACAAAUAGUCGAAUUAACAUUAUUAGCAAUGGAAUCAUAUCCAACCAACCAUCAACUUCAAAAAAACACAUUAUUGACGCUGUGUAGUGAUAGGAUUCUACAGGAUGUUGCAUUUGACAAAUAUAGAUGCGCAAGAUUAGUUAUGAAUUGCUUGUCGACAUUUGACGAUGCAUCUAUGAAUCGUAUGUCUGUGGCUAUUUGCUCAAUAUUAGCAGCAAAGAUAUCGACUGUAGAAACAUCUAUGCUUGGUGCACAACCACAAUAUAUGUUGAAAUUGCUUUCAAUGGUUAGAUCUAAAGUCGAAUCUAAAUCAGUAGAUAUUACAAUGAAGUUUACAUUAAGUGCUCUGUGGAACUUGACGGAUGAGAGUGCCAUUACCUGCAAAGUCUUUCUUGACGAGGGUGGAAUGGAAUUAUUUCUCGAAGUAUUGGAUAGCUUUCAAGGAGAAUCUAGUGUAGAAACUAAGGUUCUUGGUCUGCUAAACAAUAUUGCAGAGGUUGAUCAUUUGAGACCACGACUUAUGCAACCUCGGUUCAUAAAAAUGCUUUCUAUGCUGCUCGAUUCUGAACACAUUGAUGUAUCUUAUUUCGCAGCCGGUAUCGCCGCACAUCUACUAAGUGAUGGUCCUCGAUCAUGGUACAGUAUGCCGAGUAGAGAACCGAGUAGAGAACAGUUGUUAGACCAAUUGGUUCAUGCUGUAACUCAUUGGCAAACACCACAAGGAGAGAUGGUUGCUUAUCGUAGUUUCCAACCAUUUUUCCCACUGUUACGUUGUACAGAUGCUUAUCCCGUUCAACUCUGGGCAGUGUGGGCGAUUCAUCAUGUAUGCACAAAAAAUCCAAAACGUUACUGCAUAAUGUUAAUCAGAGAAGGUGGGGUGGAAACAUUAAAACAAUUAGAAAAAACACAUACGGAAUAUACAACACAACCAAAUUUGCAAAGUCUAUGUCAAUCGAUUCUGGAAACCCUCGAAUUAAAUUCUUAACGAUAGCUAUUGUUUUCCAAUCUGAAAGUUAAAUACCGCAUGGUAUACUAGUCAAUGUUUAUCUUAAGUGCAAUCCUAUAUCCUGUUUAGACCAAAUAAAUAUAAAAAUUAUAUAUGGCCAUGAAUAUAUAUAUAUAUAUAUAUAU